UUAACGGGGCCGGGCCGGGCGGCGGCGCGAUGGGAGCAGCCAGCAGCGGGUCCGGCCCGGGGCCCCCCCAGGGCCGAGCCGUGGGGUCGUGGGUGCGGGCGCUGCUCCGCCGGAGCGGGUCGGUCCAGGGGCCGGUGCCGGUACCGGGACUCGCUGUGGCCGCCGAGGAGCCGCCGUUCCCGGGGUGGCCGCUGCCGCAGCUCGUCUCGCUCUUCCUGCCGGAGUUCCCCGUUCGCCCCUCCGCCCGGCAGCAGCAGCUCAAGAUCCUGGGCUUGGUGGCCAAAGGCUCCUUCGGUACCAUCCUAAAAGUGUUGGACUGCGGGCGAGAGAAGGUCUGCGCCGUGAAGGUCGUGCCCAAAGUGGAGGUGCUGCGCCGUGACACCCUUAAGCAGUGCAAGGAAGAAGUCAGCAUCCAGAGACAGGUCAGGCACCCGUUUGUCCACGGCCUUGGGGACAGCUGGCAGGGCCAGCGCCACCUCUUCAUCAUGUGCACCUACUGCAGCACUGGGGACCUGCACGCACUGUGGCGUGCAGCUGGGCGCUUCACCGAGGCCACCGUCCGCCUGUUUGCUGCCGAGCUGGUCCUGGUGCUGGUGUACCUCCACGACCUGGGCAUCGUGCACAGAGAUGUGAAGAUGGAAAACAUCCUCCUGGAUGAGAGAGGGCAUCUCAAACUCGCUGACUUUGGCCUCUCCAGACACCUGCGCUGCGGUGAGCGGGCACACACCAUCUGUGGCACUCUGCAGUACAUGGCCCCAGAGGUGCUGAGCGGGGGUCCCUACAGCCACGCAGCUGACUGGUGGUCCCUGGGUGUGCUGCUCUUCGCCUUGGCCAGUGGGGAGUUUCCAGUGCCGCCAGCGAGGGACCACGUGGCCAUGCUGGAGCGUGUCAAAGAGAGCAGCUACGCGACCCCCCCUGCGCUCAGCCCUGCGCUGAGCCGACUGCUGGCUGAGCUGUUGUGCCACAACCCCCUUCGCCGCCUGCGUUACCUCCACCACUUCCAGGGCCACCCUUUUUUCCGGGGGCUGCCUUUCGACGCCGAGCUUCUGCAAAAGGAUCCGGUGGCCUUGGCUGUGGCUCCACGCCCCAGCGAGCAGCCUCUGCCCGACCCUGACACGUUUGACGACUUCGACUGCGACCUCACCGCCGCCCCCCCGAACCGGCCGUGGCCUGGUUGAGCCUCCGCUGGAGGGACCCCGGAACCACGGAGGGACCCCCGCACCACUCAGGGACACCCCCCUUCCCUCUGUACCUCUUCC